CAGCACCCUUGACAUUGAGGUGUCAAAUCAAGAAAUUGUCACCCACGGUACAACAAUAAUAAUGUAACACAAAAUUCUCCAAAAACAUGUAAAGUUAGACGAAGGCGUGGAGUUCAAUUAAAACCUGUGAUGUGUGCUUGUCACCUCCCUUAUUGCAGCGGCAGGGGCAGGGGUUUGGACGGCGACGGAUAUCGCUCAGGCCAAUCAAGGCGGAAUGGCAGCAGCUGCUCACUCAUAGGCCAAUAUGACUCUCGAAGAUCCUCUGAUCCUCGCUCCGGUCGCGACAGACGAUACGACCGCCGGUACCACAACCCCGACGCUUUCGAUCCUCCUCCCGGCCCAGCCGCAGCCGGCUACUGUGGGUCCUUGAAAACAACAAUAUGCAAGUCCAUAGAGGACGCUUGCACAUACUGGAGGAGGCUGCGCAAUGAUCGGUUCCAUUGGGAGCUCUUCAAGAGUGUUCUGUGGUUCACCAUAGGCCUUAAGCUCUUCAAUGACAUAACCCGCCACAUCACCAACCAAAGGAAGCGCCGCUGCAGGCCGAGGCCCAAGAAUUGUUGAUCUAACAGAACCCACAACUUGUCAUUUUAAAUUGAACUGUGAACAAUUUGUAAUAUUGAACGUGUUAAAUAAACGCCUGAUGUUU